AUGGUCAUUUCUACAACCACUCUCACCACCGUUACCAUGGCAGCGACGCCUGUUUCCUCUUCCUUUCCCGACAAACACCGGUCACAGUACCUCUCCCGCGACGAAUACAUAGAGUUACGAAAUUCCCAGGACAAGCAUUGGAAUGCUGAACUCGCUUCCAUUCGAUGUUCCGUCGACGACGUCAAGCGGGAGUUGAAAGCUGACAUCAAGGAGGUCAGAGACAACAUCACGGCUCUGAAAGACGACUUCACGGCUCUGAAAGACGACGUCACGGCUCUGAAAGACGACUUCACGGCCCUGAAAGACGACGUCACAACCCUUAGAGGCGACUUUACGGUUCAGAUGCAAUACCUUGAAGCCGAGAUGAGCCGGUCUCAAGCGUUCACGCGGAACAAUGCCCUGAAGAACCCAACCCUCCCUAUCCGACCUGUUGUUGUGUAUCGCCCUGGACGCGGCAUUCUUGAGCCUGAUUCCUCACGUUUUCCUCGGAACGCGAACGAUUUUUACUCUUUGAGGGAUCCACAAACUAAAUGGCACCGGUCCAUGCUCGCCUACCUUGCCGACUUCUACGACGUCCAACUCAGAGGUGCCAGCCAUUUUCCUAAAGAGGAAAGCAACAGUGACGAUAGUGACGACGACGAAAUCAUUGUCGAACACCCUGAACUCGUCGUAGAGAAGUUGGAAGAUAUACUCGGCCUGAAUGAAGAUAAAAUAAUCAAGUUCAAGGAGAGAGCUCUGCAAACGGCAUCACGAGCGCCAUCGAAACCCAUCAAACGCUCCCAAAUAUCCUGGCCUGAAGCUGGACCUAUUCCUGGCCCACGCCGACAAAAACUCGAACUACGUGUCACUUCUGGGCAAGAAGCAUACUUUUACGAUCCCGAACGCCCGAAGAGUGUUUCCUCUGAAGGCUUGACUAAUGCACAUGUUGGAUGGGGUACACGUUCAACGCCUUCCUCGCAACGGGCACGAUUACAGUGGUCUCCCAAGGUGGCGCGCGUGUCCGAACCGCCCAACCUUGAACCAGAGCGACCGAAGUCUGCGUCUAAGAGUACCGAGGCUGAAUCAAUAGACACCGAUAACGAUACACAUGUGUUUACGAACUCGCCGGAACGGUGA